AUGUCCCGACCGGACUUUUGGCAAAACGCCGUUCCCAAGUCGCUUGGUUUGAGCCAUCGAGGCUUUGACGGCCAAUCUAAAGGAUGGCCGUUGGCAACCUUUAAAUCGAAAGCCCGCCGGACUUCACUCUGCUUCAUCUCAAAGUCCUGGACGACCAUAGAGCGGCCCAAGCUGCCCACGGCCAAAUGGGGAGCUGCCUGUGCGCCGUGUGCCACUGCAAAGGCGAAAUGCAUUCGAUCCAACGACACGCCCGGAGCAAAGUGUGAUAGCCGAACAGCGCAGAUCGAAGAGCGGCUCAACGGCCUUGUCAGUCUUCUGAAGGCGUCCGGAGAGCUUUCCGGAACUCAGCGUGACCCACUCUCACGAGACGAUAACAACGAAGACCGCGGGACUGAAGGCUCAUCUGAUGACCUGUCCUCGUUCUCAAGCCCGUCUAGUGCCAUUCCCAACAUCACCAACCAGGCUAACACCUGGAUCAUCGACCCGACAUACAACUCGUUUACACCGAAAUCAUGCAUCUGUCACCCAGACACUCUGGAUGCACCCCCGCCUCCGGAGCCGGACGAGAUCCUUCUCGAUUACUACCGGAAGAAUCUCCAACCCGUCCAUCCUUUCGUCAUAGUCCCGCCCAAUAUCACCGCGGCUGUCUUGGCGGAGCAUCCUGAAUACGAAAGCGAUAUUUCCCUCGUCUACCUCGUCAGAAUACAGAGAUUGACAGAACGCAUUGCCGAAUUUAAUUCUGAAGACAGGGCUACUGAGGAAAUCUCUUUAGUGCCUUCGGCUCCUGUCUCGGCAUACAUUUUAGCAUUCCAAAAUGAACUCAACCAAAUUCGCGACUCUAUGCCUAAGCAUCUGCAAGAAGACAAGACUUUCCAACUCUUCCUCAAUAGUGCCAGCCUUCGUCUAUAUGAGCCUCCUGUUGUCGACAAGAAUCUGAUCCGCUCACUAUCCAAGUCCCUCUCUUCUGUAUCGAUGGCUAUGGAUUCGCCACUCGAUAAAAUAUACCGAUCAAGUGCCGUUCUUACAACAUGGUUCAAUUCCUGGCUUGCCCUCCCCAUCUCCACAUAUUAUUUUCAAACUACGGCCGUCGGCUCGCACCUUGUUUAUGCCCUUGUUAUGCUAGCUCGCUGGGCAAGAUUGUCGACACCAAGAGCCAUGUACGAAGGAAGAACAUCAAUGCCAGAUGACCCGAGCGCAAACAAUCCAAAUGUUGCUUUAUAUGACUCUGAUAUGGCGAAUACGCAACGCGGAUCCGGCAUGGCAUCAAGCAAGAACGGUGCACCUCAUGACCAUAUGCCUGCGCGUCCCGAUCUAGAAGAUUCGGACCUCGCGGCUGCUGUGGCCGUGUUGCGCACGCAGCUACAAACACAGCCCGGCCUGAUGAUCAAUAUCCCUGAGAUCCUUUCAGCGAUAUGUAAUCGCUUUGAACAUGCCAACGCGACUUUCCAGCUAUGCUCGGUAGACACAGAAAGAAUCAACAAAAAUAUUUGGAUGAUGACUGCUCUGAAAGUUCGCAUCGCAAGAGCCAAGCUCGAGAAAUGGGCAGAACUAGUGGCUGAAGGAGGAGAGCGCCUUGGUCAAGAGAAUCGAGCAGACGGAGAUCAAAGAAUGGCAGAAUGGCAAGCGGCGAUGCACUUACCUCAAACCGAAUGCAUGGGCCUUGAAGACCUGGGCAUUGUGCCGACAGAGUAUCAACAACAACCCCAACUGGAGAAUACAUGGGGGCAUUCGCCGAACACUCCGUGGACUACUGAUCUACUUUCUGGUUUCGAUCCAAGUAGCUUCUUUGAUGGAUACCUGGACUGGAGUUCGGUUGGUAUGAAUGUGGCAUCUCCAAUGGAAAGAUGA